GUGUUUGGGUCUGGGGGCUGCCAGGGGGUGAGGGUUGUAGGUGCAUAGUGUUUGGAUCUGGGGCCCUGGAUUUACCUGGACUCCGGAGCUGGGGCCCUUGUGGAGUUAUUGUGUGAGCUGGUCUGGCCGGGCCAUGUAUUGGAAGAGCGAGCAGAUGUUUUUGUGUAAACUAGAAGAUAAGGAUAUCCCUGCAGUAUCAUCUGAUAAGGUAAGGGCAUGUAAUAACUCACUCAAUAUAUAAUAUAUGUGAUAUAAGGGGGAUCGCUCUGUUCGGAGAACACACGGGUUUUACGCAGAUUCUCGAAGAAUGGGUUAAUUAGAAAUGAAAUAACCGCUGUGUAGAUUGGUAGGUAUUUUGGUCUCGCAGUGUAGUAUAUUGAAUGUGUGUACUCUAGUAAUAUUCCAUACAUUGUAAUACACACAUGGUGAGUAGGAUGUAUUUCAGAUUAGUGUUACUUUGUAAUAUAUACUUUGUGUGUACACUAUCCUUAAUGCAGACUAAUGCCACUUUGUUUUAUUUAUAUAUACACAAGGUGUGUACUGGGGUAUUAUUUAGUAUCAAUGAUACAGUGUAAUAUAAACAUGGUGUGUGCUGGGGUAUUAUUUAGGAUUAGUGAUACAGUGUAAUAUAUACUCAGUGGGGUAUUAUUUACGACUAGUGAUACAUUGUAAUAACCCAGUACACACCAUGUAUAUAUUACAAUGUAUCACUAAUACUAAUACCCCAGUACACACCAUGUAAAUAUUACAAUGUAUCACUAAUCCUAAAUAAUACCCCAGUACACACCAUGUAUAUAUUACAAUGUAUCACUAAUCCUAAAUAAUACCCCAGUACACACCAUGUAUAUAUUACAAUGUAUCACUAAUCCUAAAUAAUACCACAGUACACACUGUGUAUAUAUUAUUUAGGAUUAGUGAUACAGUGUAAUAUAUACAUAGUGUGUACUGGGGUAUUAUUUAGUAUUAUUGAUGCAUUGUAAUAUAUACAUAGUGUGUACUGGGGUAUUAUUUAGGAUUAGUGAUACGGUGUGUACUGAAGAAUUAUUUGGGAUUAGUGAUACAGUGUAAUAUAUACACGGUGUGUACUCGGUUAUAGGAUCGGUGAUACAUUGUAAUAUAUACACUGUGUAUUGGGGUAUUAUUUAGUAUUAGUGAUGCAGUGUAAUAUAUACACUGUGUAUUGGGGUAUUAUUUAGUAUUAGUGAUGCAGUGUAAUAUAUACACUGUGUACUGGGGUAUUAUUUAGGAUUAGUGAUGCAGUGUAAUAUAUACACGGUGUGUACUGGGGUAUUAUUUAGUAUUAGUGAUGCAGUGUAAUAUAUACACAGUGUGUACUGGGGUAUUAUUUAGGAUUAGUGAUGCAGUGUAAUAUAUACACGUUGUGUACUGGGGUAUUAUUUAGUAUUAGUGAUGCAGUGUAAUAUAUACACUGUGUGUACUGGGGUAUUAGUGAAACAUUGUAAUAUAUACACUGUGUGUACUGGGGUAUUAUUUAGUAUGUGAUGCAGUGUAAUAUAUACACUGUGUGUACUGGGGUAUUAGUGAAACAUUGUAAUAUAUACACUGUGUGUACUGGGGUAUUAUUGAUGAUUAGUGAUACAGUGCAAUAUAUACACGGGGUGAACGCGGGUAUAGGAUUGGUGAUACAUUGUAAUAUAUACAUAGUGUGUACUGGGGUAUUAUUUAAGAUAGUGAUUCUGUGUGAAAUAUCUACACCUUCAUAAAUAUUUUAAGGCAGCAAAAUUUCUAUGGGAUAUAAUAACUGUAUCCUAUUAACACCUGUGAGGUGUGUACACAGUGAUAAUGUGCAAGUAUAUCUGCUGUAUAUUGCUCGAAUAUGAUUAUUUCCGUUCCUCUAUCGGUAUUUACUAAUAUUAACCUGGUUGUUCGAGGUGUCUGAAGGAUUCCAUCAGAGUUUACAAGUUAUCUGUGCAUGAAUUAUUGAAACCUUAUUGUUGUUGCUAAUGUAUGUGUAUUUGUGUAAUAAACCAUUUCGCUGUCCGGUUUUUUUCUUCUUCAUAUAAUAAAAUCUGGGGGGGAAGGGGGAGACACAUGACUGGAUUGAGGUGAUAUUGUGUGGGGGGGGAAGGGGGAGACACAUGACUGGAUUGAGGUGAUAUUGUGUGGGGGGGGAAGGGGGAGACACAUGACUGGAUUGAGGUAAGUGGAGGGGGUUACAUGGUUGUUGUGCUAUGGUGGAUGUUGGGCUUCCCCAGAGGUUGGAUUGAGGUGGUGUAGAUAUUUAUGUGGUAUGUGAGGAAGUCUUGGUGGCUGAAUUGUAGUAUUAGGGUAGAUGUGUAUGAUGGGUGGUGGUUCCACGUGGCAGGGUGUUAUUGGGUAUUGGAUGUGGUUUGUAUAUAAAAAUGUUCUAGUGGGCAGUGACAGAUGUGAGCACUGAGGGGGAAUUGUAUAUGUGAGGCCUGGAAGCUGGGUGCUGCCUGUGAGAGUUAUAAUCUCAAUCUAUAGCUAGCUGGCAAAAGGUAGGCCAAAAUAACUGAUUUGGAACAAUUCUUUAAAGGAACUCAAAUCCCUAGAGCAGCUUGCCUUGCUUUAGUGUUUUGUGCAAAGAGUGUGUCCUCUUAUCAAUUUAUAAAUUGUGCUAAUUUUAAUAGAAAUUGGACACUUUUUUAUAAAUUACCUUGUUUACACACUCUGGCUGUCAGACAGCCGGUCCUAUUACUUCCUGGUUUGGUUAGCUCAGUGGAGCUAAACUCAAGAGUCAGCAAUUUCCCAGAAUACCUGCUUUGCAAAGGACCUCUCAUUGAGCUACAUUGGGAAGUCUGUGAUUGGACAGCCUCAGAGAGCCUGGGCGGGGUUAGGAGGGGAGGGCUUGCAAAGGCAACAGCCAAGAGAACUGCAGGUUUUGCAAGCAUUUUUAGUUAUACCACAAAAAAAGGAUACAAUUAAAGGGACGCUCAGGUGCCAGAAAAACAAACCCGUUUUCCUGGCAAUGCAGAAUCCUUCAGUGCCCCCUCCCGCCCACCCCCCAUCCCGUGUUGCUGAAGGGGUUAAAACCCUUUCAGUGACUUACCUGAAUCCAGCGCUGAUGUCCCUCGGUGCUUGGUCAGGCUCCACCCACGCUCUUCCCCCACCAACGUCAGCCAGCGGGGGAGACCUAAUGCGUAUGCUCUGCAAUGGCCGCGCGCACUAGACCUCCACAUAGGAAAGCAUUAUUAAGAACACGACAGCCACUAGAGGACUUAACCCUGCAAGGUAAUAAUUGCAGUUUAUGAAACCUGCAAUAAUUACACUUGCAGGGUUAAGUGUGAUGGGAGUUGGCACCCAGACCACUCCAAUGGGCAGAAGUGGUCUGGGUGCCUGGAGUGUCACUUUAAAUGCAUGCUUUCAUUUGGGAUAUAUCUACUAAAUAUUUAUUUCCAUUUGCUACAAUCUAAAGCUUGGUAAAUAACCCUGUAUGGAUAGGGAGUGGAGUAUUUGCCAGUAAACACAAGUCACUGAAUUUCCUUUUUGUAAUUAUUCAGGGCAGCAGCAAUGUUUCUAGCUCAGAUUAUUUUUUUUCUUUUACCUGGUCCACUAAAUUAGCAUUUGCCACAAUUUCAAAUUGAAGGCCAAAAUGGUGGAACUGGAAGUAUUGGAAGCAUUGCUGACUUGAAUUUUCCCAUUGUGGCCUUGGAUAUGAAAUUCACUUUGGAAAAAGUAAAUAUAUAUAUUAGUUCAUUCUACUUAAGUGUAAACCAGAAAUGGCCAAGUGGUAGUCCCUCGACUUUUGGUAACUACAUCUCUCAUGAUGCUUUGGCAGUUUACACAGUGAGUGAAAAUUAUCAGUGUUGCAAUUAGCAAAUUAGUACCAUCACCAUGGAAACCAGUUUAAUUUGCAGGUGCAUUCCUGUUACAAUUCUGCAGAAUGCAUACUUUAUCAAAGCAUUUUCUGAUCUAAGUGUAACCAUGCAAAUCAUUGUUGCUUAGCAGAGAGAAAUAUUUAUCAUUUGUACUGAGAAGUUAGUGGCAGAAAUCAAAACUAAAAAAAGUAACUGUACCGGUACUAAAUAUUGUGGUACCAAUCAUGUGAACAGUUUAGUGGGCUGAACAGACAUUCAGUGGAAACUCCCACACAGUUCUUCCUUAUUCUCAUGCUGUUAUGCUUUCCAUUAGCUCCAAGGAAGUCCAGGAGCAGCUCUGGAUGAAGAUUCGUGUUCAUCGUCCCCUCUGUCCCCUGUGUCAUCGUCUUCACCUCGUUCCAUGACAUCAGCUGGUCUUACCCAGGGCAAGAGUAUCUGCAGCAGCUGCGGCUUGGAGAUAGUCGAUAAAUACUUGCUAAAGGUAAGAUGCUUUUACCAGACCGGUUCUGGAGACUUAUAGCUUUGAGGGGAGGAGGGUGUCAGAUUUUUUUUUUUUUUCCACUGCUGAUAAUUCAUUAGAUUUAAAAUAAAUUUAGAAUGUUAGCCAAAUUUACUUGAAAAAAAAUUGUUUGAGUAUUUUGGCCUAAAACAUGCUAUUCUCUUAUAAUUUACUUUGUAUCCCCAGCAACUCAUACCAUUCAUAGAUAAUGUAGUUUGUAUGAAGCGAUAUUAUCAGUGUCGCUCACCCCAAACUUACCUUUCUUGUAUUGUUUCCUCUACACUUCCUUUUUUAGAAUCUGUUCUGCUUUUCUUCAUAGUUGGUCAUAGUUUCAAAGGAAAAUCUAACUUAUAGAAGCAAAGAGGAGCAUACUCUGUAUAUAGAAAAAAUACAUAAUACAAAGUAAAAAAAAAAAAUUAAAAAAAAUUCACACAAGAUAUUUAUCAGAAGACGGUAAAUCUAGCCAUAUGCCUAGUAAGCCUAAUGUAUCAAAAAAACAUGAGAGAAAAAAGAAAAUAAAUUGCAUACCAAAAUGAACUGGGGAAAAAAAAUAUAAGACACACUAAAAAGUUUCCCUGGUCUUCGUAAUUUAGUUUUUAGUGGGAUGGUUUUAGGUAUAUUAUGUCAUGUGACUGACACAUGCACACGAUUCCACAUUCAACAUCAGAUGUUCUUAAAUAGUUUUCUAUGAUAUAUCAUAUUGCAUGGAUUCUUAUUUUUGUUUUACUUGGAUGCUAUGUGUAUUUGACUCUAACGAGUGUGUGUUAUCAUUGUCAUUUGGAACGCAUAUGCGUUCCAAGCCUUUUCUUGGUGCCAUUUGUAGGAUGUCCUUCCAUUGGAACGCAAUUGCGUCCCACGCCUUGACUGGAUUUCUUUCUUAUUUUUUUUAUUUUUACACUUUUUUGAGCAUCUGGAUCAUAUCAUCACAGGUUUUCAACCCUUCCCUUGCAUGUAUUUUUGUUUUGAUCACUUAUUGAUGCCACAAUUUCUUGUCCCUUUUGUUCUAGGGAAUGUGGGCUUUUUUUGUAUCUUGUUGGAAUACAUGUGCAUUCCAAAUCUCGACUGAGUGCAGAAUACUUGGCUUUAUAUUUGGAUUCUUAUAUUGCAGAUAUCACAUCCAAAGUUUAUUCAUUGCACAUUCUUUCUGGUAUUGAUGAUUUAUUAAUUUAUUCUUCCUUUCCCCUCUUCUUUUCUUUUUUUUUUUUUCUUUCAUUUAUCUUUUAUGCAUGUUUGCAGUCAUGUGACCAUUGGUGAGCGCUUUUCUUGGUAAUCACCAAUAAGGUAUAAAAGGGUUUGUGGUUCAUAUGUGUCUCCUUCCUUGAGAAAGGCUCAGAGAGAUUUUUUUUUUUUUAAAAAUGUUUUAAUUUUUUUUUGGUGUCUGUCCCUUUUUUCUUUUAUUCCCAGUUCAUAUUGCUAUACAGCUUAUUUUCCUUUCCUCUCAUGCUUUUUGAUAUAUUGGGGUGUGUAGGGUGUUAUACUAGGAAUCUCUUGUGUAUGGCUGGAUUUAUUUAUAUUGCUGUUAUAUAUAUAAUUUUCUCUCUCUCCUCUGUUUCUAUUAAGAAAAAUAUAUUAGUGAACGGAAUUGUGAUGAGGGAGCACCUUUCUCUGGUUUAUGUCUUUAUUAUUUAAGUGUAUUUGGAUUUAUGGUUAAUGCACUGUGUACCCUUCAUACUAAUCAUUCCUAUCGAAUCUUUGUAUUUAAACAUGUAGAUGUCACUGUUGCAUAAGGAUUUUUUUUUUUUUUUUGCUAAACUGUUGAUUUACAAUCAAAUCACAAUUUUCUGGACCAAAAUUGCAGAAUUAGGUAAAAAGUUGAGAGAAUUUUUCUUGCCAUUCUUAUUUUGUAUUCAUGGUGUUGUGCUGCCCUGUAGCUAGCCAUGUGCUAUUUUUUUUGUAUUGGGUGUUCAGUUGGAGGAAGUAUCUCAAAUGAUUGGCUUGUAUCUACAUGAUGCUGGUUUUCUGAUGUUCUACAGACUGUGGACCUGCUUUCUGUUGUACAGUUAUUGGGAUUCUAGAUUGAGGUUAAAAUGCAGACUGACAAUCAGCGUGUCCAGCAUUUGUCAGCUGAUAUAGACUGUACACUUGUGGACUGGGAUCUCAAAAUCAGUAUCUUGUCUCAGUCUUCAUUCUCUGUAAUAAUUGUUCAAUUUAUCCAGUGCUGACAAUCUGUUAUAUAUUUUAAAAAAUAUUACAUUCUCUAAAAUUUAGUUAUGCACAAAAAUAUGAAUUAUCGGGAAUUUAAUUUUAGCCCCAAAUAAACAAAAUGAAAUCCUAAUAUUUCAGAUAUUUUGCUUCAAUAUUGAUAUUCCAGCAAUUCGCAUAUUACUGAAUAAACUUGACAUUAAACUGGGAAUUUAUUUUUAAUUCCCUUUGCUUUUUGCUUUUAAAUUACAUUUUUGUCCUUGAUAAAAUGUAUUUUCCAUAAAACGUUCGAUGAUUGUAUGUUGAUUGUAUGUUCUCGCUCUAUAAUUUAACCCCCUCAUUACUUCUUGCUUUGGCAGAAUUUUAAAGGUUUUUGGUAUUGUUAUGAAGGGGUUAACAUAGCUUUUACCCUGAGAUGGUGAGAUCACAGAAGCCUGGUAGUGAUUCUGAUGAUUCAGUGAAAGUCUGUUUUUGUUUUUUUGUGGGUUUUUUUUUUUUCUGGUGUUCGGAUGCAUGCACUAGUCUGUGUUAAAUUAAACAUCAGGUUCCAUUCCGAUAACAUUUGUGAUGAAGUGGGUUAAAAACCAAUUUGCAGAUGUCUGUUUUGGCAGAAAAAAAAAAUUCUCCUUUUUUCCAAUUCUGUGACUCUUGGCCUGCAUUUUGUAAUGCAGAUUUAUAUUUUGUUUAAUGUACCACAUUACAUUUUGCUCUGCUUCAAAUUUUCGUUAGGUAAUUUGCUUAAUCAGACUUGGUACAGAAUUGCUGACUUAAUUUAGCCAGAUUUACUGAUAAACAUAUCCAGCUAUCAAAAGAAAAUCUUUUAUGCAAAUAACAUUGAAAUCAGAACAACAAUUGAUAAAAGCCUAUCUUGAGAAGCAUAAAGAAAGUCAAAUUUGAAUUCCAUUUUCUUAUAUCCUUGUUUUGUUACUAGAGGUGAGGAUUUAUAGAUUUGCAUCUGCAUAAAGAAAUAGUCACUGCAUAUGUACAAUUUUUAAUUAUAUUUUUUUAACGCUUGUGUUGCUUUGUUAGUGAUGGGACACCAGUUUAUGCUUGUAUCAAAUUUUACCAAAGGUUUUUAUGGUGUGAUUUUAUCUUUCUUCUUGGUUUUUAUUUAAAAAAAACCAAUAUGGGUUUGAGUCGAGUUAGUGGUUUAGCGUUGAUUUGCUACAUUCUCGAAUCUGUCCUCGUUAUGCGAGCAUACAUGAUAUAAAUCGCAACCAUUUGUAUUUCUAUUAUUAGUGUUUAUUCCACCCCCACUGCACAUCUGCCAUUACGGCACGUGUUUGGUUAAUUAUCUGGUAUUAGCACUUUGUGCUCCUUUUGAGAAAAAGUUCACAAAUUCCAACACACACAUAAACAAACAUGCAUUUUAGCUAGAGGCUAGUAACAGGGAUGGAACUGACAUUGUAGAAUGUGUAUUUUUUCCAAUAUUCCCAUAUAAAGGAAACUGAGCCUGGGAUCUGGCAGUCGGUCGCACCAGUAAUUUUUAGAGCAUUUAAAUGCCACGUGCAGCAAGAUAACUGCAGUAACAGGAUCUUUAAUUGGGGAAAACAAUUAAAUGUUAAUGCUAAAUUAAGAGCAUGCACUAUUUCCAAUGAUUUUCACUUUCUGUUUUUCUUUGCUUUUAAAACGUAUUCCACUCUUUACAAGAUUUUUUUCCGGCAGUAAUUGAAAUCUGCACACAGUAAUUGAAAUUUGACAGGCCAUUGGGGUAAAUAUAUGGCUCCUGAAAAGGCUCUUUAAAAAAAAAAAAAAAUGUGCGGCUUAUGCAAAAUAUUCAAUUUUUCUCCAACCCACGCACUUUUUAGGACCGGAUAUAUUUUGUGUAGAUACGGUGUUUGUGUCUGGGAAACUAAUAAAAGAUACGGUAUGGAUAGUUAAAUGAGGGGGGGAAAGAAAACACAAUUUGUACCUGUGUUGGAAUCCAGAUAAAUCAGGAACAGUAAGGUAACUGAAUUCAAGGAAUUAUUCACGAAACUGUGAAUGAAAGCUGCAUUUUAAAAACACUCUGCAGUAGACUUCAGAAAGUAGCGUAGCUUGAGCACUUUUUUUUUUUUUUUUCCUGCUAUCCCCUGGUUUAUUUUGCAAAUCCUGUUCUCAAUUUGCUCAGUGCAGAUGGACUCAAACAAUUCUCAAGCAGCCAUAACUGGCCAUGUUUUAUUCUGUUUUAAAAGUACGUUUACCACCUACCUAAUGUAUCCACGUCAACGAAUGUCGAAAUUUUUUUUUAAAUUUUUUUUUUAUAUUUACAUGAGGGUUGAUCAGAAUUUCAGUUUAUCAAGAAUUUAUAUUGUCCAUGACCCAAACAGGUUUUUUUUUUUUUUUGGUGGCGUAUGUUAACCUUUCAGUAAGUAGCAACGUAGAGAUACUGGUUUGUAGAUGGAGGCCCAACAUUUUUAGAGCUAUUUUCAAUACUAACCACAGGACUUGUGUUUACUACUGUAUACAUUCAAAGUUUAUAUUCCCAUUUGUAGGAUUUUGCAUCUGAGAACAUAUUCAAAAACUGACCUCCAAUAAUUAGACAACUAGAAAGAAUUUUUAGUUUUAUCUAUAUUAUCUCAAGAGAACGUUAUUGUACCACGUGUUGGAAAUUGUAUUGACCAUUUUUUUGCAAGUUCUGUUAAUGGUUGAAAUGUAUGCUUUAGAAUCAGUUACAUGUAGUGGUAAUUGUGUUUAAAAUCUGUCCCUGACUGUAAAAACUGGGCCUAUCAUGAAUUUUAGACUGGUUUAUAGAAAUGGGACAGAUUUUAAUAACACCGGUUACAUUCAAAGAUUUACAGGAUUAUUGUGACCACUAACCUGUCGAGAAUCACUUACCCUAGUUGAAUUUAAAUCUCAGUUUCUCUUUAUAGAUUGUGUCUAACUUUCUCCCUAUGUUUUUAUGACUUUAAAUAAUUUUUGUGGAUAGAUGACUUUUUGUUGUUGGUAUAUGCAAGUAUGUUGUGACGUUGAAUCAGUUUUCCCACAUCCCAAUGACUUGGCUUUGCUAUGUUAAUCCUAAUUAAACUCACUGAGUUUAGAAUAUGUGGCAUUAGCUCGAAGAACAUUAAGAAAAUAUUACUGUAAAUAUAUUGAGUGCCCCUUCACAUAGGAUUUCUGUUAUCCCUAAUUUCAAAUGUUUACGGGGAAUGGUUUUUGAAAAAUAUAGAAUCCAGGCCAGGUCAUUGUCUGAAGCAGGAGCAUGAAGGGCUAAUGUGACAGUACAACAUAGUAUUUCUGGUUAAAGUGGGGAGACGUCUCCUCAAUUGCCAAUGUUAACCUUCUUUGAUUCUCUAUAAAUGUGCAAAUUGAAAAAUAUUAACCAAACUUUGUAAAGGACUUUGAGAUGUGCAUAAAAACGAUAUUAAAAUAGAAAAAUGGCAAAAUAAAAAUUACCCUAGAAAUUUAAUCAUUUCUGUUUUUUACAAAAUUUGUGGAGGGCGUUAAAUAUGCUGAACACUUCAAUCAAAUACUUACAAAUUACUUACAAUAUUUUUUUUUUUGUGGUUUCAGACUACCAUGCAUGACCUAUUUUAAAAGCAACAAUGUACAUCACUGGUUCCCAAGCCAGUCCUCAUGGCCCACCAACAAUCCUGGAUUUAUGUAUUUUUUUAUUUUUAUUUUUUUAUUAUUUAUUAUUAUUCCAAUGGAGGUACUGACAAAAUCUGGAUUGUUGGUGGGUUGUGAGGACUGGUUUGGGAACCACUUCUGUUUAUCCUUUUAAAAGGCCACUAAAUCUCAAUGAAGUGCUCUGGGUGCAGUGGUCCUGUCCUUUUUAACUUUAAAGGACCACUAUAGUGCCAGGAAAACAUACUUGUUUUCCUGGCACUAUAGUGCCCUGAGGGUGCCCCCACCCUCAGGGCCCCCCUCCCGCCGGGCUCUCGGGGGACGAAGGGGUUAAACUUACCUCUUUCUCCAGCCCUGGCGGGGAGCUGUCGUCCUCCUCUUCGGCUGAAUGCGCAUGCGCGGCAGGAGCUGCCCGCGCAUUCAGCCAGUCCAUAGGAAAGCAUUCACAAUGCUUUCCUAUGGACGCAGGCGUCUUCUCACUUCUCACAGUGAGAAGCGCGGAAGCCCUUUAGCGGCUGUCAAUGAGACAGCCACUAGAGGCUGGAUUAACCCAUAGGUAAACAUAGCAGUUUCUCUGAAACUGUUUAUAGCAAAAAGGGUUAAACCUAGCUGGACCAGGCACCCAGACCACCUCAUUAAGCUGAAGUGGUCUGGGUGCCUAUAGUGGUCCUUUAACCCUGCAUCAUUAAAAAUUGCUGUUCUGUUUUCUUAGAAACUUAAGUGUUUUACAUUGCAGGGUUACAUUCACCUAGUGGCUGCUCUCCUUAUGGCCUCUAGAGGCGCUUCCGCUGCUCUCAUGGAAUAACUGUCACUUGACAUGGAAGGUCAUAGGAUAGUAUUGAACACAAUAUUUUCCUAUGUGGAUGGGGGGGGGGAGGCAGAGUUGCAAUGUAUUGUAUACAAUUGAACCAAAUCAUAUCACCCAAAAUCUUAACUGUGUACAUGAAAUAUUGGUCAGAAACAUUAAAUGACGAUGAUAAAAACUGCAUGCACAGAAAAUUACCGGGGCAAACUACAGGUAUAAUUGGAAACAAUUCAAUAGUAACACAUGAUAAUAUAGUAGCAAUGUAAGAAUACAUUAGGUGAAGUAUCUUCCAAGAUUCAGUCAGUACCUGGGAGUUUUUUGGAGUUACUGCAGGAUGUUAAAUGUAGAGCAUCACAAUCACUGUUCCUAUAAGGGAGUGUGAGAUGAGGCUUUGGAGUUAAAAGUAUUACUUUUAUUGGUCUUGUCUUUCGCAGGUGAAUGACCUCUGUUGGCACGUCCGUUGUCUGUCCUGUAGUGUGUGCAGAACCUCCCUGGGAAGACAUACCAGCUGUUACAUCAAAGAUAAAGACAUAUUCUGCAAACUUGAUUAUUUUAGGUACUAUACAUGUAUGUAUUCAUCAUAGCUGUGUGUUUGCCUGUUUCCACAUGGUAUUCUGUCUGCAGAUUGUGACUGUGGAAAGCGUAACGUCUUUGCUGUGCUUUGUGCCACUAGACGAUAUGGAACGCGCUGUUCCCGAUGUGGACGGCACAUCCAUUCCACUGACUGGGUUCGGCGAGCUAAGGGGAAUGUCUAUCACUUGGCGUGUUUUGCCUGUUAUUCUUGCAAGAGGCAGCUGUCCACGGGAGAAGAGUUUGCUUUGGUAGAAGAAAAAGUGGUUUGCCGAGUGCAUUACGACUGCAUGUUGGACAACUUAAAAAGAGCCGUGGAAAAUGGUAUGUUCUCGUAACAGCUCAGCCAAGAUAAACAUCGGUGCCUAAUUAUUCAAAGCUGAACGAUAUAGAGAAAAAUAACGGAAUCUUAUUUUCUUCUCAUCUCAGGGAAUCGAGUUAGUGUAGAAGGAGCCUUGUUAACCGAACAAGACAUUAAUCAGCCUAAGCCUGCAAAGCGAGCAAGGACCAGCUUCACGGCAGACCAGCUCCAAGUACGUUUUUCUUUAGGUCUUCAUGCAGAGUUCAAAUGUUCCUUGGUUUGUGUUCAUGAGUUGGAGAGAGAUUACAAUCUUGUAAUUGUCUGAAUAUCCAGAUUAUUUUGUUUGCCAUGCCAUUUAAGAGUUAUUUUUUGUUUUAUUCUACACAUACACACAACUGCAGAUUGUAACAGACAUUGAAUACUGUUCAUAAAUACUAUAUUUUAUUUCUCAAAAUUGUAUUUGGUGUCUUAAAUGUAUUAUACAGAUUUUGUGGGACAGGUGCAAAAUAGCAAUAACUUGGAAAGAAACCAUAUCAUUUUUUUCCUUUAGCUAUUUCUGACCAAUGCAUUUAGGAUGAUGAGUUGUGGAAGGCAAUUUUUCAUGAAAGAAUAAACAGGAGUGGAUUUGGAUUUUUAUUUAUUUUUAACCUGGCACCUUCAUGUGCAAAUAUGCUACACCGAAUCAGACAUCUGGUUUUACUGUGAUUAUUGCCAUUACAGGUCAUGCAAGCACAAUUUGCCCAAGACAACAACCCAGAUGCACAGACCCUACAGAAAUUGUCUGAAAGGACAGGCCUAAGCAGGCGUGUAAUACAGGUAAAUGAUUGAUGUGAAAGUCUAUGUAUAAAGACUUUCUGAUGUCCAAAGAGUAACCGUAUUUAGUGCAUUUGACAGGUCAAGAUCUUUGAUAUAGAUUUCAUAUACCGCGCUACGGAAUAUGGCACUAAAUAAAUAAUAAAAUAAUAAUUUGCCUAAUUCUUGUGCAUCCACAUGGAACAUUUUAGCAUCUGAGAAAUAGUCCAUAAGGCAGUUAUGCAGUGAUCUGGGUGUCCAGCAAAUGUAGCUGGCACAGCUUUUGUUUGAGCCUAGCAAGCCAUUUGAAUGGUCCUGCUCUAAAUGGCAUCAGUAUUUGAAAUUUAUGUAUGAUGCUGUGGAAACCGUGUAUUAAAGGUUUUUUCACAGUAAUAGCAGCUGCUAUAAUGUUGCCUCACUGUUUAGGACACAGUCUUGGUUUUGGGACGGUGGCUUCUCCGAGCUAUAAACCCAUUUUUUUAAGAGCAUUUUGGUUGAAGGAGACUUAUCCCUUACUGUGAACACUGGAGAUACUAUGGACUACUGUCCAUUUUAAGUCAUUUUUACUUGGCUAAAAGUUAUUUUGGUUACAGUCCACAGAAUCCUGAGUGCAGGUACUUCCUAAAUACAACAUCUACUUUGAAUGGUGCCGUCAUGGUGAAACAUUUUACCAAGACUUUAAUAAACAACUUAUUUUCAUUUUGUAAUUUUAAUUUUCUUUUAUCUUUAGUUUGUAGAUGGUUACUAGAUAUUUGCAAGAGAUCUAAUAGUGGUUAUGGUAACACUUACUGUGCUGUAUCGUGGCUGUGAGCGGUUAUUGUUUGACAUGGCAUUUUUCCAUUUUCAGGUUUGGUUUCAGAAUUGUCGGGCACGCCACAAGAAACACGUCAGUCCUAAUCAUUCAUCUACUGCACCAGUGACAGCCGUACAGUCCUCAAGGCUUUCACCACCGAUGUUGGAUGAAAUGACCUAUUCUGCAUAUGUACCUCAAGAUGGACCGAUGCUAACUGCUUUGCAUAGUUACAUGGAUGGUAUGUACUUUUUAAUGCAAAAUCAAUCCGUUAAUAAAUUCACCCCAUUCCACUCUGUCCGCAAAGUGUUUAAUAUUCAACGUGUGUAAAAUAACAUCCCAAAGAGCUAAAUCUGGCAUGUGAUACAUUCCUAACCUCAAUCCACUAAAUAUAUUAUGGAAAUUGAAUUUCUAGGAUAGGAAUUGUAUAAUGGCCUGAGAGAUUUACAUUCCAAUGCAUGUUUCUUGCAGAUUAAUAGUCUAAAGUGGUAUUAAUUUUCCAUAUUCUCAUCUAAUUGUUUCAACCUGUUUUUGGCCCUGAUAAACUGUCCAGCCAGGGAACACUUGAAAAAAUAGCAUACAUUUUUAAUAUAUGAAUCCCAUUUCUGUUAACAAAAAAUAAUUUGAAUGUUAUGGGCAAACGGCAGAAUACACAGAUUUGUGCAUCAACUGACUGUCCCAGACCUCAGUGUUCUUUAUUUCCCCACACAUUUGUGUAAUCUAUAUACAUUUUGAAUCCAUUGUCAAGGCAUAUACUGGAAAAUGGUUAAGAGGAAACCAUCUUAUGUGUGUUGAUUGAGAGAAUGCUUUGUAAUGUUGUAUAGAAGAGUAAUCUACAGGUAUGUGUGUAUUUUAUGGUUUUAAUCUACUAGUCCAAGGUACUAAAGUGGUAGCCCAAUCUACUUGCAUUACAUGGUGUGUCCUGGCAUUAUGUGAUGUAUGUGUGGCGUGCCGUGUGCUCCAACUGUAUGUGGUUGUGAUACGCUGACCCAUAAACACACAAACUACACAUUCUAACAUGUAUCAUAUUGAUUUAGGGCUCCAUAUUACAUAGGCUGUACGUAUAAAAGUAGGGAUUAAAGGGACAAUACAGUGUUAAGAAUGCAAAUCUGUUUAUCUAGCGCUCUAGUGCUACUGUCCCUUGUUAAAUACAGGAGUCCCCCCAAGUUUCCAAAAAAUGAAAAAAAUAAUUUACUUAUUUUUUAAAUUAAGGAUUGCAAAGUGCUUUAUUUUUUUUAUUUUUUUUAUUUUUUUUUGUUAAUGUAAUUUGCUCAUUUGAGAUAUUAGAGUCAAAUCACUCGAGCAAGUAAACGGUUUAGAUAACCAAUAAUGAGUGGAUAAAACAGGCGCUCACAAAUAUUUAACAAUCUAAAAAAGCAGCGGAAUAAAAAUUAGGUAUAUAUCCCUUUAACCCCUUAAGGACCAAACUUCUGGAAUAAAAGGGAAUCAUGACAUGUCACACAUGUCGUGUCCUUAAGGGGUUAAAGUGCAAAAUAUUUUGUGCAAAGCAGAACACUUUCUUGCAAGAAUAACAGUGUAACUAGUCUAUCAAUAGUAAAUAGCAAUCAGUGUGUGCUUAUUGUGACAAAAUUGCAGCAGCCAACAAUGAAUAUAAGCAAAUAUCCCCCAUACAUAAAACAAUCCAAAAUGUGGGUGCUCAAAACAAACAUAUACAAACUUGAUGAUACUUAAAUAAAACGUUCUUUAAUACAAAUAUAAGAACAUAUAGUGCAGAGCGUCGACAUUCACAGAUAAAACUUAUGGUAUCAAACUCACUGCAUUUGAGUGGAUUGUGUGCCACUCUCGCUUUAAAAGCCCUGGAGAAUUCAAGCUCCUUGAGUUCGGCGGAUACACCCGGCAUAGAUCGGACCAAAGAGAGAGACUGUUAUUUCUCAAGUAGAAUUAAAAACACUUAAAACAAAUCAAAUCUUAAAAUCCUUGGAAGGCUUUUUGUAACUUUUAGUCGCUUAGCAUUUCUUUCCCCCUCUGUCUUGCCUCACCUUACACGCAUAAUGUGCAUCUCUCUGCCCCCAGAGCUUUGUCAAAUGUCAGAUGCCCUAUUAACAUCUGCUUCACUUGUUAAUGAAACCUGAACAGGUACACUGUAACCUACAGCUUGAAUUAUGACUGCUGAACUAUUUUCAAAACCCCCGAUUAACCUAGGAUAGUUUCCAGUGAAAACCAUGGAAGGACAGGAAUUGGCAAAUGGAUCUUUUAACAACUCCAGAUUAAACAGUUUGCUAACACUGUUGUAGUAGGUUUAGCACAUGAUGUAUUUAAACAAUGGCCUUGUGCCUAGAAUGUGCAGCCUUGAAGUCGAUGUAUAUGCGCAUGUUGCAUGCUCAGGUGACAUUCAUUUCUACAGGGUAGAGCUGUCAGACCUGCACACCCCAGAUGUUGCUGAACUAUAACUCCCAUGAUUCACUUGCUAUCUGUUUCAUUGAAAGAAUCAUGGGAGUUGUAGUUCAGCAAUAUUUGAGUGGCUGCAGACUGAUCUGUAAGACUCUUUGUAGCUUAGGAUCUGUUUUUGUAUUCUUGUAUAUACUUUUUUGUGACUGAAAGUCUUCAAGAGGCUCUGCUCCUUGCAGGCCAUGCUCUGGCAUGGGAUGUUGAUGGAUUUUAGACCAUGCUCUGGCAUGGGAUGCUGCUGGGUUUUGCACCAUGCUCUGGCAUGGGAUGCUGCUGGAUUUUAGACCAUGCUCUGGCAUGGGAUGCUGCUUGAUUUUUAGACCAUGCUCUGGCUUGGGAUGUUGAUGGAUUUUAGACCAUGCUCUGGCAUGGGAUGUUGAUGGAUUUUAGACCAUGCUCUGGCAUGGGAUGUUGAUGGAUUUUAGACCAUGCUCUGGCAUGGGAUGUUGAUGGAUUUUAGACCAUGCUCUGGCAUGGGAUGUUGAUGGAUUUUAGACCAUGCUCUGGCAUGGGAUGUUGAUGGAUUUUAGACCAUGCUCUGGCAUGGGAUGCUGCUGGGUUUUGCACCAUGCUCUGGCAUGGGAUGCUGCUGGGUUUUGCACCAUGCUCUGGCAUGGAAUGUUGAUGGUCAUUGUUCUACUUGGCUUUAGCAGGACUCUAAUAUAAACAAAGGGCACAUUUUAAGCUGACAUAGGAUUUUAAUGGAUCCGAUCUUUACUGCCAGUGGAUUAUAAAUGGCUCUUAAUGUGAGGAGGAUAAAUUUGGGACUCUAGUUUAAGCAAUAUAAAAAAAAAUAACUUAAAAACCGUAAUAGUCCUAGAAGCUGCCAGAUGCAGAGGUUCCUCCCAGCCUCUUGCCUUUCAGUAAGGACUGAUCAGGUCUUGAAUGUAUUAGGCUUUUUUGUUCCUGCCUACCAUAUUUAUUUGUUAAUCUGGUUAUGCCGGAGGAAAUAAAGAUAGCUGACAACAUCUGCAUUGAGCACUUUCUCAUGGCUUCCCCUAUGGCUCUCCACUUGCUAUUGUUUUAAAGCUAGAAUGUAAAUAGUUCAUGGAAGGGUUGUAGUUACAUGUGAAUAUAGAAUGGACUCCAUCAUUGGUGAGACAUGGGACUAUUGUGAGUAGGGUUAGACUGAUCCACCUGCUCCUUCAUAAGUUUGUUUUGACUUGCAGCUAAGUAGAAUUUUGCUUACACUAAUCCUGCUUUCUCUUUCAGCUCAUUCUCCAUCUGCGCUUGGUCUCCAGUCUCUCCUGCCUCACUCCAUGACACAGCUACCGAUCAGUCACGCGUAGACCUUUUUCUAGGAUCCCCACAUUUCUCCCCCCCAACAAGAAUGUAAAUGUUUGGGUAUAACAUUGAAACAUUUAUUGUGUAUACAAUCUGAAUAAGAGCACAAGUUAUUUUGUAUGGCUCCACUUGGUGCUGAAAGACCCAAAGUUCCGCUAGCCGUCUGCAGUGAAGGAAUUUCAAUGCACAGUCGAAUUCCAUGUUUUUUAGGGUGUGUAAGUAUUAAAGGGUUGUUCGUCAAGUACCACUAAAUUCUUCCACUUCUGCAUCCUUUAAUUUUUUUUAUUUUUUUUUGUACUGUCUGGAAAUAGUCCAAAUUAGUUGUUUGUUUUAAUUUAUUUGUCAUCAUAAGAGCACUUAGCCAAAAAAAGGACUGACAGGUGUGCAACAAAUGUUUACAAUUUUUUUGUGAAAUUGUAGUUUUUGUCAUUUAGUUUGUAUCUGUAAAUUAUUACAAAAGUGCAUAUGUAUGCGUUACUUUAAACUUCUCAAUUUGCAUCUGUGAACUGGCAAAUUCAGUUUAUUUUUUUUUGUCUC